AUGAGCAGCAAGGAGAAGAGCAGCAAAUCCAGCAGCAAACGGGAAAAGUCGUCCAAAAAAGACAAAAAGAGCCGAGAUGCCACCUCCUCCCGAACUCUGGGUAUCACCACCAAUGGGGAUGCAUCUAAUAACAAGAGCAGUGCUGCCACGAACGACACCAAAUUGGACACCAGUGCUUCGAAUCUUGGUGGUGGUGGGAAAACAACUGAGGAUGAUCGCGGGAUGAAUAUGGGCGGUGACCUAAACAACGACGAUGACGGUCAGCCACAAUUGACACCGGCAGAGCUAUACUAUGCGGCUGUCCCCUUGGCCAUGCCCUCUCAUGCCACCUUUGUUUCGGAUCCAUCUGUCGACAAAAAUCUAAAACCCAUUCGAGACGACGGAUCCGCCUUUGCCCAAGUGGCGCGAUCUUGUUUGAACAUUACACAAUUUGUGGGAGCUUCGGCAGGUCAAGAUGACGCCCAUGCUGUGGCAUCCUCCCAUCUGUUUCAUGACAAAACAUAUGCCAAAGUUGUAGUGGACUGCUUCUCGGCACUCAUCACUUGUACCAAAGAACACAAAGACAGAAGAUGUCGCAUCCUCGCGUGUCAAACAUUGGCUCUGGGGGGCAGAACUGCCUAUGCACAUAUUCGACACUCUCCCGUACUAUUUGCGCUCCGAGAAUCACCCGUCAAUCUGGUAGAAGAUGAAGUGGGAAGUGAAGUACCGACAGCGUUGCUCAACGUGGCACUGGAUGACGGAGAUGACGGGGUGUCGGCAACCGCUGUCGAGUGUCUGGGAACACUGACGUUGGCAACCUCCAACGCCCACGCGGCAACCAUUGUCGACGAUGAAUUACUGCAAGAAAUACAAUCCAUGGCAUUUGCUCGAACAGCACCGUAUGCACCCUCCUUACGGAGUGUCUUGUUGCAUUGUCCCACUACACUGGAAGAAGAUCCCAGUGUCGCACAACUCGAACUACAAAGUCGCAUCUUUCCCAAUAUCAUGGCACCGAGAUUAUUACAGCUAGUGACACGAAUUGUGCACUACAAUGCCAGUCAUCACCAUCGAAUGACAUUGCCCUUUGUCACCGCUUGUUUGAUCCAUCAGCUACGCACCAAUGCUGCCAGCACGUACGAUGUCAACCGAUCGACCUUUGCCAAACGAUGGGUCGAUCUGGAUUGCAUGGGAUUGGUCAAUGAUGUCGUAACGGCACUGCUGCUACCAUCCAUGCAAGGCUGUUUGGAUGGUGAUUUGGCCCAUACAGCUGCUCUCUGUGGACUGAGGCUCGCCAAUGCCUGUCCUACAGCCAGCUGGGUUUUGGAAAUUUGUCGAUGGGCCAUUGUGGUGUUGCGGGAAGAAAAUUCGUCGACGGGAAUGCUAGAAUCCAAAGUAGGAACAUUGGCGACACUCCUGAUUGCACUGCGGGCAUUGCCACUGCCCGAACGAGCACCUCUGUUGGAAAGUAUGAUCAACGAAGUGGCAUCACUGCCCUUUACAAUCAUGGUACCACAUGGAGUGUCGUCACCCGGGCUACUGUUACAAAUGUCCAAAAGCAAGUCCGACAAUGCACAAACCAACCUUGAAGCAGACUCAUCCGAAACGUUUGCGUGCUAUCGAAAACCUGCCAGAAUAGCCUUCUUUACGGAGUUGGCACUGUCCAUAUUCAUGGAUGGGCCACUGGGAGUUACAGUAGACGUGGAUGGCAGCAAAAAAGAACCCAACCCGAACAAUCACCCUACUGUACAGCGCAGCUACUACUUGAAGAGAUUCUUGUCGUCCGCUUCGGUCGUUAAUAUUUGCAAGGAGCAAGAUAAUCCUGUCAUUGUACGAAUGCGAGACGAAAUUCUUCUCGUCUUCACAACCGUUGCCUGGGAAGUCGGUCGCAGAUUUCGAGUGUCGCCCGAUGGAUCUGUCAUUCAGCCACCACAAAACAACUCGUCACAAGCCAUUACAAGUUUGGAGGUUGAGGAAUGGACGCGAUUGGCCUUCACUACCUUGUCAAUAUUUUCGCCGUGUGCACGGUGGGGACGACGGCCAGAGUAUCUCGAAGAAGAUUUGGGGUUGCUGACUGCUGGACAGUCGAGCUAUAUUCGUUUGCUACAAGAGUUUUUGCAUUUUGUGGGGCUAUUGAAUCCAAUGUCAUCCGUCACAUUCAAGUUAACGCCGAAUGCCUGCCCUCCCCAUCUGUUGUGGGAUCAAAUGAUCGAAUCUGCAAGCUUUUUGACGCACUGGGACGCCACAACAGUUUCUCCUCAGAAUGACGCUGACAAUUCGCUGCGGGAUAGGAGCUUCAUGGGCUCACUCAACGAUGUCAUGGCCCAAGAUGUGGCUGCAUUGGUGGACGACUUUAUUGAAAAGGAUCUGAGGCAAGGAAUAAUAUCACAUCACAUGCGAAUGUUCGUUCUGACAUUGGGGGUGGAUCAAUGGGUUCAAAGCAGAUAUGUUGCGAUCAGGAGGAACUUGGAAGCUGCCAACAAUCGAAGAAACGCAGAUAGGGCACCUCCGCUGACCCUUAACUUGGCGAGUGCACGAGACUUACUUGUGGCAGUGAGCCCCAAGCGAUUGCUGACAAAGCUGCUGGAGUUCCAUACUGUGCCUGUGGAUGCAAACGGAAAGAAGAAGAAAGAUCCAAUCAAAAAGUUGGCGUUGGAAACCGUCCGUGUUUGCGUUGCCUGCGUAGAAAACAUUGCCAUGACUGCUGUCGAUUGGCGGCGCAGAUGUGGACCCAAUCAAGAGUCGCAAGCCAUCGUGCAAAUGGCCGUAGCAUCUCUCGAAGGAAAGCUGGACGAUGAACCCAUGGAUGAGUCACUUCGACCCAUAAUGGGACCACUAUGUGAUGCCGCCACGUCGAGAAUACAAGCCUUCUACCAGUCAAAGUCCCACAAUUCAGAUGGCAUUCCCUCUUCGGAGUUGGUCAUGCAGCCAAUGAAAUACAAAAUCAAGCCUUUGGUAUCAAGUUCCACCAUCAAGGGUGCGGAAAGGGACGGUGCCGCAACCCACGAGUACAUGCACGGGUACCUGAUGCAGCUGAGUCGUCAGAUCAUUUCCGCUCGGGUCGACGCGACAAUUUAUUCCGCCCCGGUGGCAGACGCUUUCUUUUCCUGUAAAGCAAGACCCAGAAAUUGGCUCCGCCUCGCUACUCCUCCCCUUCCUGACAAUCGCGACGCAAGAGGACUCAGGUUCCGAACCAAUGGCCCAGGUCGCGAAAAGAACUCUGCGUGGGGUAGAAACGUGACUUCCAUUACCUCUGGUUCUGAUCCUGUAGCGGCAUACCUUGGCCAUUCCAUAUCCAGAACACCGAGGUAUGACAACGAGGAUGAAUACCGAAUACGAGUAUUUUUGCAGGUCUGGAACACAACCGCUGUGGAGAUCACGGAAGGGUUGCAAAUGGGACUUGGCGUUGCAUACCAACAGCACGAAGUAGGCACGGAUUCGGCAUCGUUGGAGUUCGUGUCUUCUCUGGGUUCUCCAGAAGCGUUUCAGCUUGAAACGGCUCCAGUUGUUUCCACCUCGUCAGCGUACAAACACCCGUUCAGCGCUGAAGACAGCCUAGUUUGGGAGAUAGCACUGCAUUACGUGUCAUCGGGGAAGGUGGUGCUUCAUCCCACGAUCGUGUUUCGAAACGUCCGAGAAGAGAAACACAUCGGAGAGUUUGUGGGUGGGUCCGGUGGAACUAAAAUGAAACGCCGCAAUUCGACUUCGUCUGUUGCCAGCCAGAAAGGCGAGGACGACUUUCAAGUUUCUACCAAGGAGAAGGGAUCCGGUUUUGACGACGAUCAAGUCGAAUACGAAAACGUGUCCUUGUCCGCUGAGGCCGUGGAACUAUCUCCUCUCUUGGGCCUUCAACCGUGCCCACUUGUUUUCUUUCGAGACUCAUGGGGCGACCUGGACACGUUUCGUUUCCUUUGGUUCAGAAUGCCCAGUGCUGUUCCCCCAAUCAAACUUGACCCCAAAGUGUCUGCCUUUGACACUGGCUUUACCAUGUCUGGUCAGGAAGACGAAGAAACGGGAGACUUGAUGGGAAGAACUGUUGGGGAAUCAUCGUCUCUACUUUUCGAGGGCGAAGCUAUCCCGGGUGGAUUUGCUACAAAAUUAUGGGCUUUCAUGUCGCUGGCUGGGGAUCGAGUAAUGUGUGUCAUGACAGAAACAGAAAACAACACAAUAUGUUUGCAUCUGAAAGCAGACAGCAAACAACUGUUGUUCACCCUUGUGGGAGCUGCAACGUCACGACAAGCCGUUGUCUCAGCGCUGGUGCCGGGAAUGUCUGCAAACUACUAG